CUUUUAUCAAAUUUGUCAUCUUAACAAUCUCUACACUCUAGACUCUAGAAAUGAUACAAUUGAUCGAGUGACUGUGCGAAGCACCUAGAAACCUAAUCCGACCUAUAGACUGGAUCAAGAGUUCAUAUGAAAGGUUGGUUUUUCGUUAUCCGAUGCAAAUGUUACAAUAGCUAAUGCGACGUGUUGCCGCUGAAUGCUUUGGCUUUGAGGGUACGGUUCCGGCGUUUGUUUUUGCUUCCAGUUUCCUUUUUGGGAAUUACGUUUAUCGGUUUCAGCGUCUUCUAGGUGUUAGGUAUUUGUGUUGAUUUUAUUUGAAUCGGAUAUCGCUAAAGAACGAUUAGUUGCUGAUCGAUAUACUGGAAAAACAUGUCUGAAAGGAGGUACAGAUUGCGGUCUCGUGGCCGAUCUCCGUCCCCUCGGCGUCCGCCGCCAAGGCAUCGCGAUUUGAGCCCUCCAAGGCCUCGCGAUUUGAGCCCUUCAAGGCCUCGGAAUUAUCCCUCUUACGCCCCUCGUGCGAAGGAAGAGUAUUUUGGUGGGCCACGAACAUCUCGGAGGAUAGAAAAGAGGGAUGAUACCAAUCGAGAGUUUAGAUCAUAUUCUCCAAGGUCUCCUGAAUAUGUCCAUCGAGAUAGGGAUAAGUAUGCUGCAGGUGACAGGUGGCUCAAGAGGAGCCCUCUCAGAAUUAGGAGCCCCCAAGAAUUUGAGAGAAGGGACGAAUUCAAGAGGGAUAACGAUACAUCACGAAAUAUGAGACUGCCAGACUAUGAUGCUGCUGCUGCUGCUGGCAAAACUUAUAAAGAUGGGGCCCACAUUGGGCAUUUGAUGAGAUCAUAUGAUGAGGGCUCCUAUCCAUGGGAUCAUAUUUUGGAUGGUCCAAGAAAACCCGAUUAUUUGAGUGUGAAUGAUUAUGGCAGGACACCUGACUAUAUCAGGGUUCGAGAGAGGGAUUACUAUCCGCAAUGUAUGGAUAAUGCCAAGCCCUCAUUUGCUUUGGGUCAUGGUGGUGUUGAUGGUGUCGUGCACGCGAGCAAUCUGGGUGGUGCUGAUGUCAGUGAUCACAGGCCUUCUGUGUCGUCAUCUUACUUGAAUGCCGGUACCAGCAAACUUGGGUGUGCACAUUUGGAGGACAAACGACAGUUGGAGAAAAGAAACGUGAGCUUGCGCGAUGAAGAAGACCAUCUAAGUGAAAAGAAAAGGGCCUUUUUCCUUUACCAGGAUGGGUCUCUGGGUGUAGACGAAAGGGCAAGAGAGGAAAGUUAUGGUUUCAAGAAAGGGAACAGCCUCCUGUCUUCGCAGGGUCAUUUGAAAGGAGAUUAUACCCAUUCUAAGGAAUACAUUUUAGUGUCGCCGGGCACUAUGGAGGGUUUUCCAGGCUGCUGUCCUUCUAGAGACCUCGAUAUGCCUUCAAAAUUGAGCCAAAAAGGUAGUGGUUUGACUUCCCAGCCCAUUGGUUUUGAUGGAUACACUGGAAGUCAGUUUGAUGAUACUAGGAGCACUUCAAGGUUAUAUAGGCUGCCCCAGGAAAAGCAAGACAGUGGUUUGUUUUCUGAAUUUGGCAGAAGCAAAAUAGGCAGCACGAGUACAAGACAUAAUGACGUUGAAGAGAAUUAUAGAGAUCACCAUGUGUCAAGAAAUGUUGCUUUUAACCCUGCAGUUGAUGAAUGCCCUCGUAUGAAACCACCUAUGAGGGAUGAUGGACAAUGGGGUCCAUAUUCAUUUUCUAAGGUGCGGUCAAUGCCUGAUGAUAGAUUUGAUGCAAGCAGAUCAGUUCAUGCAAGAAAGCAAGAGUGUGACAUCACUGACAUGUUGGGUGCCGGAAGCUCUCGCCUCGAUUAUGACAUUGACGAUGGAUAUCGUGAAUAUGUCAGUGUUGAAAAGGAUGAUCGUUGUCAUCAUCAUUCUAGAAUGGAUGUUGGUGAGUGGUCUCAUGAUGAAAGAUUAGAUAGUUUACUAUCAAGUGGAUAUGAGUCACAUGACCCUUCGUUUGGCAGAUUUUACGAUAGCCCUAGCAAGAAUUUAGGUUUGGAGGAUGUAGACCUGGACGAAACCUAUAGGAGAAGAUUGAGAAAUAAACAUGGUAGGGACGAGAUUUACGAGCAGGAUGUCGGGAUUAGAAUUUCUGCUGAUGGGAAUGGUGCAAGGAAGAUAUACAAUCGAGAAAAAAUGGGAGAUGAAAUUGGUUUUGCAAAUUAUUCUAAGAAACCCAGAUCAAGCAGAGCUAACUAUGAGGAAUCACGGCAGGGGUUUUCCAAUAUAGCCAAUAGUCGGCCAACUUCUUCAAGGUCUCACCCACGUAAAUCUGGUUCUGGAGAUAUAAAGAAGAGACUAGGGCCAGUUCCACAUAAGCUUCAUGUUUCACAGCGUUUAUUUAAAAAACAUAAACCAUCAGUGAUGAAGCGGUUGGCACCUGCUCCAACAAAGAAACAUGGUCCUACUGCAAUAGUAAAAAGUCGAAGUUCUCAAUUUCCGAAAAGCAUUCAAGAUUCAGAUGGAAGUCCUCGCACUCGAGAUGAAGACCUCUUGGGAGAUCAUAUUAUUCACCCAAAGCCUGAACCACCGGAGGAGUCGGAGGAUUUCAAACAGCUGGUGCAAAAUGCAUUUUUCAAGUAUCUCAAACAAAUUAAUGAGAUGCCUGGGAAAAGGAAAAAGUACCUGGAGCAUGGGAAAGCUGGUAGUUUAAAGUGCAUUGUAUGUGGCAGAACUAGUGUGCUGAAGCAAUAUCAGAAAUUGGCUGCUGCUAAUGCUAUCAACUACAUUCAGAAAGAUCAUACAAUUCAGCAUUGCCAUUGUGCUCAUUUCAUCAAAGUUUCGUUGGGCACUGAAUCAUUUUCUUGUUACCCUUUACACAUCUACACGUACAUGGGAUCUGUGUUCUGGAACAACUCGGACGAGUUUGCAGAGACGGAAAGUUUGGCAAGACAUGCCGUCUCGUCCGAAAAGGUGGGUCUUAGAUCUCAGCAUUUGGGCUUGCACAGAGCACUCUGUGCACUCAUGGGUUGGAAGACUUCAGAGCAGCCCAGCAGUCAAUGGGUUUGUGAGGUAAUGUCCAGUGCGGAGUCUUCAGCUCUUAAAGAAGACCUCAUUAUUUGGCCACCUGUUGUAAUUGUGUAUAACAGCACCAUAGAUAACAAGAAUCCUGAUGGACGGAUUAUUGUAUCUCCUGAGAAGCUGGAUGUGCAGCUCAGAGAUAUGGGUUUCGCAAGCAUUGUUAAGGUGUGCAAUGGAAAACCUGCGAACCAAAGUGUAGUGCUGGUUAAGUUCAAUGGUACACUCUCUGGAUUACAAGAGGCAGAUAGGUACCACAAGCGAUACCUCGAGUCCAAGCAUGGCAGAGACGAACUGAAUCAGUUAAAAUCUGAUAACCAAAUGUCGGCACAUGUACCAUCAACCAAUAGAGAGGAAGAUUUUCUGUAUGGCUACCUGGGAAUUGUGGAGGAUCUCGACAAACUCGACUUUGACACCAAGAAACGGUGUGUUUUGAGGAGUAAAAAUGAGAUCCUGAACAUCGUGAACAACAUCCCUUUAGCCACUGGGGGAGAAAAUUGACGAUUUCAACAGCAAAUUGGAAAGAGUUGGUUGUUUUAGCUGCUUUCUUUUUGUUUCUUUUUUUCUUUUCUCUUUUGUUUGUUGUGUUAUUUUGUAUUUCGGUUGAUGCUGCACAUCAAUAUGAUGGUGAUGUGAAUUAUCGAUGGAUGGUUGUAGCUGCAUGUAGCUGGAUUUUGUGUUUUUGAUUUUUGGGAUAGUUUUGUGUAGCUCUGUGGCUUGAAAUUCCUCGUGUUUUGUCAAUGUUCUUCUGACACAAGUUAUAAAUAACAGAGGUAAUAUAAUCUUCUAUAUUCUCCGUUGCCCAUGGCCUUGAUGGGG